AUGCCGCACUACGAGUCCCAUGAGCUCCGUCGGGGCAAAUACGCACGCAUCGAUGCACCUGCAGAAGACGGAGACGCGAUCGAAACUCCCACGCGCUUCUCCACCGACUCGACAGGCACGCUCGAAGACCUCGAAGAAGACGACCCGCUUGCCUUCGACAGCAAGAUCAGGCGCAAGAAGAGCGCAGGCGACCUCAAGAUACGAAAGGCCUCGUUCAAGACGGAUGCAGAAGCCGCAGACACCAUCCCACAUGCUCGCCGCAGCGGCAGAUGUGCGCCUGGGCGAUGCUGCUGCUGGCUGCUAGUCUUCAUUGCCGCCACGGUGCUGAUACUCGCCACAGGAGGCAUCUGGGCCUGGAAGGUGUCGGCGCCCAAGGAUGGCCUGAGUCCACCGUGGUACCCGUCGCCCAAGGGUGGCACAGACAAGGCGUGGGAGGAGAGCUACAAGAAGGCAGCGGCACUAGUGAAGCAGAUGACGCUGCCUGAAAAGGUCAACAUCACAACGGGCACGGGUUGGAGCAUGGACAUGUGCGUGGGCAACAACGGUGCGGUGCCCCGACUCAAGUUUCCUAGCUUGUGCCUGCAGGAUGGGCCACUGGGCAUACGAUUUGCAGACAACAUCACUGCAUUUCCCGCUGGGAUCACUGUGGGUGCGACGUGGAGCAAGGAGCUCAUGUAUCUGCGAGGCAAAGCGCAUGGAGCCGAGGCUGCUGCCAAGGGGGUCAACGUGCUUCUUGGCCCUGCCAUGGGCCCUCUUGGACGUAUGCCUGCUGGAGGCCGCAACUGGGAGGGCUUUGGCUCAGAUCCUGUACUUCAGGGCGUCGCGGCGGCUCAGACAAUUAAGGGCAUCCAAGAAGAAGGCGUCAUGGCGACGGCGAAGCAUUUCGUCGGUAACGAGCAGGAACACUUCCGACAGGCCUGGGAAUGGGGUAUUCCAAACGCCAUCUCCUCCAACAUGGACGACCGCACACUGCACGAGAUCUAUGCCUGGCCAUUUGCAGACUCUGUCAGGGCCGGAGUUGCGUCAGUCAUGUGCUCAUAUAACCAGGUGAACUCGUCCUAUGCCUGCCAAAACUCCAAGCUACUCAACGGCAUACUCAAAGACGAACUUGGCUUUCAGGGCUUCGUUCAGUCUGACUGGCUCGCACAACGUGGAGGCGUGGCUAGCGCUCUUGCUGGUCUGGACAUGACAAUGCCAGGCGAUGGCUUACGAUGGGCCAAGGGCGACAGCCUAUGGGGCCCUGAGUUGACCAGGGCUGUCCUCAACGGCAGCGUGCCAAUGGAACGUGUCGACGACAUGGUGACUCGAGUUGUUGCUUCUUGGUAUCAGGUCGGACAGGACAAGUGGAGCGAUGAAGGACCAAACUUCUCCUCGUGGACUAAUGAUCGAGUUGGCAAGCUCCAUCAAGGUAGCCCCUCUGAUCAAUCCAUGGGCGUUGUGAAUAAGUUUGUCAACGCCCAGGGAGAAGGUGAAAACGCUCAUGGCCUCCUGGUCCGACGCAUCGGUGCUGAGGGCACAGUCCUACUCAAGAAUGAAGGCAGGAUACUACCCCUGGAUCGUAAAGGCUGGAAGCAGAAAACCAAGGCUAAACGGCGGACCAAGUACCGAGUUGGCAUCUUUGGCGAAGAUGCUCGCCUCCCUCGCGCGGGUAUCAAUCAUUGCUCGGAUCAAAGUUGCAACGACGGCACUCUGGCUUCGGGCUGGGGUUCUGGUGCCGUGAACUUCACCUAUCUGAUCGAGCCCGUGUCUGCUAUCCGAGAUGCUUUCGAUAACGAGACUGUAUAUGUGACCGACUGGCCGGAAAACAAACUUCCCGAGCCCAAGGAGAUCCUUGAAGACCAAGAUCUGUGUAUUGUUUUUGCUAAUGCUGACGCUGGUGAAGGAUACGAGCGCUAUGAGAAUAUCCGCGGUGAUAGGAACGACCUCUUCCUCCAAAAAGGCGGUGAUCAACUGAUCCAAGAUGUUGCUGCAGGCUGCGGCGAAGGCAUGGGCGACGUGAUUGUUGUCAUUCAUGCCGUCGGUCCCGUCAUACUGGAGAAUUUCAUCAACAUCAUGAAUGUGAAAGCUGUGCUGCUCGCCAAUCUUCCCGGCACCGAAUCUGGAAACGCACUCGUCGAUGUACUGUUCGGUGAUGUGGAGCCCUCUGGUCGCCUUCCCUACACCAUCGCAAAGAAGGAAGAGGACUAUGGUCCGGGCAGUAAAAUUAAGUAUCUCCCUAGCCCGUCCGACGGUCUCGCACCACAGCAAGACUUCAAAGAAGGCUUAUACAUCGACUACCGCCACUUGGACAAACAAAAUAUUACUCCCCGCUUCGAAUUCGGAUACGGCCUCAGCUACACCGAAUUCCGCCUCUCUUCGCUCUUCAUCCAAGGAACAGGCAAGAAGACACCUCUUCCCGCACCCCGACCAUCGGGUCUCGCACCACCCAGCUACCCAACCGAGCUCCCCGACCCCAAAACCGCCAUCUUCCCCGAAGGCUUCCACAAGGUAGAAAAGUACAUAUACCCCUGGCUCGACUCGACCUCGAACCUCGCCACCCCGCAAGCCCCCUCCUCCCCGCAACCCCAAACCCCAUCCCCACCCAGUGCUGCCGGCGGGGGCCCGGGCGGAAACCCAGACCUCUACACCACCCUCUUCACCGUCAGUGUCUCCGUCACCAACACGGGUCCGCGCGACGGUCAUGCCGUCGUCCAGCUCUACCUUUCAUUUCCGCAAAACUACACGGAUCCGUAUACAGGCCGGGCUGUGGAUUUCCCCAUCAGAGUCUUACGUGGCUUUGACAAGGUGUGGUUGACGGCAGGUAAGCAGCGGCAUGGCACCGGGGGCGAGAGGAAGGAGGUUAAGUUUGAGGUCAGUCGGAGGGAUGUUAGUUAUUGGGAUGCCGAGAAGCAGAAUUGGGUUGUUCCAAUGGGUAUGUUUGGAGUGGGCGUAGGGUGGAGUAGUAGGGAUUUGGUGCUGGAGGGGGAUUGGUGA